AUGGGCACUCAAGGACCCUCUGCUAAGGAGAUUCUCCUUGACGCUGUUGAGCAGACACUCGGAGCCGAUUAUCUCCAGACCAUUGACCCAACUGAUGUCUCCAACAUCGACGGAGAUGUCAAAGGCCCUGCAAUCACUGAGGCUCCAGUAUGUAUCACUCAGCUACCCAUUCCCCCGGCUUUUCAAGAAGCCAUGGAUCGACAGAACGGCUUGUGGGAUAUAGUCGUCGGGCUGAAAGACCACAUACCCCGCUGGGUUCCUGGGUCAGUUAUCAAGUGGGCGGCCUGGAGAGCCGGGUUCAAAAGUCAAGAGGACGCCGACUACGCUGCCCAGCAGCUCGAAUUUGCUGCACAGAAAUGGAAUGAGGCUAAUGUUGGCGUGACCUUCGAAUGGGUACCGCUGGCCAAGGAUGCUACCUUUGUUCUGACCCAUGGUGGUGCCAAUGGUACAACCCUCGCCAGAGCCUUCUUCCCCAACGGCGAGGAUCUCAACUACGUGUUUGUGUACUCUUAUGCAUUCAGCAAAGAAUGGAAGCCACACAUGUGGAAUGUCUUUAUGCACGAGCUUGGACAUGUCCUCGGCCUACGACAUGAAUUUGCCAUCGGGGACGUGCGUGACGAGAUGACUGCGGAUAGAGAGGGCGAGAAGGCUGUCCGUAUCGAUGCACCUGAUCCCAUGUCAGUCAUGAACUACCGCAAUGAACCGCCGCAGCUCCAGCAGUCCGACGUCGACUCAACACGCAAGUUCUAUAGCAUGACCGAAGACGCUAACGGCAAGAGCCCCAGCAUUGGUAUGACGCAGGUUAUUGAUUACACCCCGCGAUGA